AGCCAUGUCUGCAGUCAAGCGGAGGCCGUCCGCCAAGCGCCCUCGUUUCCUCCCAGUGCCGUCUGUGGGCGGGCCGCCAUGGCGGGCCGGCACGAGCAGGUCCUGACGCCCAAGGGGCGCCAGGAUGCCAAGGGGCGCGUCGUCGACGACUGGGCCGCCAAGCGCCUCGAGAACGCCGUGUGGCGGAUGUGGCGCAAGGACAGCCGGGACAACCUCGCGGACCUGCCGGCGUGCCCGGAGGAGGACACGGACGGCAGCUUCCUGCAGAAGGUGCAGGAGGCCAUCGGGGAGGCCUGCACCUUUCCCGAGAUCAAGUUCCCUCAGGCGGGCAGGGGCAACUACGACGACCUGCCCACGUUUCCGAUCAGGCCGAAUUUCGCGGGCUUCAAGAACGAGCUCGCGCCGGCCUCGGAGUGUGUUGUGUUCGACGGCUGCCCCGAGGAUCCGCGCGCGCCUCAGUCAGAGGGCGCCUUCGGC